GUUUUACCAGCUUUGGGAUCAUUCCUUCUUCAGUGUCUAUCUAUUCUUACUGGAUCUGCUAGGAUCUUCAGAUUAAUCAGCCCAGUUUGUGCUGGCGCCACCCCACGUUGUGCUUGGAUAGUGACGGUAUGUUUUGGGAAGCAAUUUACAUCCGUACCUACAGACCAACUUCCUCAUCGAUCGAUUUUUCUGCUGCAUUUCUUCACCCUCUUCCAGCACGUCCCUCUCCCUCGUCCACCACCCGCAACUUCCCCCUCGGAGAAUAUUUGUGAUGUCUCGGCGAUGAAUAAGCAUCAGACUGACCAUCAUUUAACUGUUCCUGCUGCAGAUCUCCUGCAAUCAAGCCUUGGUCCACUUCGUGAUCCCCGUCGAGCGCCUCGUGUCAGCCUUCCCCAUGUGGAAACGCAGCUGAAUAUGCAUCAAUACAAUGGACUCUUCAAUGAAAUCUCCUCUACCCCAAACCAGCUGAAUGGUGCUCCGCCCGCCGAUUCCUCCCCAGAACCCGUGAGACCCACGUCCCCCAGCGGCACCAACGGCUUCGCGAACCACGAGACCAACCAAGAUCCCCCGGCAACUGAAUGGUCGUCGGCUGUCGGUCAUGCGGCCACGGGCAAGUCCGGGCGCGUUAUCCAUAACCUUCAAGAAGAAGUCGCGCGCUUGACUCGGGAGUGUAGUCUCUAUCGCUCCCGCGCCGAAGAGACGCAGCGCAUGAACGACGCCUUCAAGGUUCAGGUACAGAACAUGACCGAACGUCUCCGGAACCUCGAGCAAGCGAACGAGACGAACCUCCAUGCGAUCGGGCGGAAAGACAGGAAGAUUGACGAGCUACGCGCGGAGGUGCAGACCGAGAAGGACCGGAGGGUUCAGGCGGAGGGCGAGGCCAAGAAAGUCAAUCAACUGAUGGGGGUCGCCCGGGACGAUUUCCACCGCAAAUGCGCCGAAUUGCAGGAGAUCUCCAACCAUUCGCGGACCCAGUACGAUGUUCUGGCCAAAUCGGCACAUCGGGAACGAGCGGAACAGCAGAGACGGCUCAAGUCGAUCAGGGAUGAUAUCACGACCAUGAAGAAGCAGUUCGACGACAAGAACACCAAGCUGGAGCGCUUGGAUGCGAUCAUGGCCGAGAAGGACCGGGAGAUUGAGCUCAACCGAGAGCGAUUCGACCUGCUGUACGCCAAUUUCCAGGUUUACAAGCGGACGCAAGACGAAGACCUCCGAACGCUGAUUGAGACGGGCCGGCAAGACGAUGCCAAGAUCGAUGCCGCCCUGACUUCGCUGAAAGAGACCGAAGGAAAGAUGAAGUGGGUCAUUCAACUCAAGCAGCAAGUCAAAGACGCCCAAUGAAUAUCCCCAAGUCUAUGACGGUCUAAGCAAUAUUUUUUUGCCCGGGGCCCCUUGGAUUGACAGGCUCAAGUCAACGGCGGGCACGUUGACCACCAUGAUUGUGGAAGAUCUCGAGCCUGCAAUCAAGCAGCAUCCCAAUGGAAACCAUCGAAUCCGCUGCGUCGACAUGGCAGUCGUGAUGGGGGACCAUGAAACAUGCAUCUUCUGCAUUCCCUUCUUGUAUUCUCUAUUCUUCCCAUUUCCUCUCCAACCUUCAUUUCAUCUGUUUCUUACCCACCGUUAUUUUAUUCAUAUUUGCUCCCUGGCAUAUCUCUGGGAGAUAUAAGGAGUUUGGGAGUGCUUGAUACCCUGGGAAACAUAGACCGUCAUGUCCCUACUUGUCACUAUCUUGUUCAAAGUACAGUGCUGUCCAGUUACAAUAUACUUCAGUAUACUUUGAUAGAUGCCCGUCU